AGUUAAGUCGGCUUUCGAGUACUCAGUAAACUAUUACAACACAAAUACCAGCCGUAAAUUUGAACUACAAGUUUACGCUGACAUCAUAAACACUGCAGAUCCAUUCAAACUGUCCCGUUUGAUAUGCAACCGUUUUGCCAGUGGUGUAUACGCGAUGAUCGGAGCUGUUAAUCCUGACUCCUUCGAUAUUCUACACUCGUAUAGCAACACUUUCCACAUGCCGUUUGUUACUCCUUGGUUUCCAGAGAAGGUAUUACAACCGUCAUCCGGAGCCGAAGACUUCGCUAUAAGCAUACGGCCGUAUUAUCACCACGCAAUUAUCGACACUGUACGACACUACGGCUGGAAAAAGAUCAUGUAUCUCUACGACUCGCAUGAUGGACUUCUACGACUGCAGCAAAUUUAUCAAAGUUUGAAGCCCGGAAAUGACACCUUUCAAGUUGAAUCUGUUAAAAGGAUACAAAAUGUGACGGAAGCUAUGGAUUUUCUGCGAAGCGUUGAAGAGCUGAAUCGGUGGAGUAAUAAAUACAUUGUGUUAGACUGCCCGACUGAAAUGGCGAAAGAGAUAGUAGUCAGCCAUGUAAGAGAUGUUACACUUGGACGUCGAACGUACCAUUAUCUUCUCAGUGGACUUAUAAUGGACGAGCGUUGGGAGAGCGAGGUGAUCGAGUACGGUGCCAUCAACAUCACAGGGUUCCGCAUCGUCGACACCACGCGACACCACGUCUACAGUGGUGCUUCUCGAGACUCCAUUUCCGCACAGGCAGCAUUGAUGUACGACGCAGUAUUUGUGCUAGUAGAAGGCUUCAACAAGUUUUUAAGUAAGAAGCCCAACAAGAAUAAUCAGCGUCGCAUCGGUGGAAUGCAGAACGCUAACCAGUCACUGAACCCUACCCUAGAUUGCAAUUCCAACAACACCUGGGUCUCGCACUGGGAGUUGGGCGACAAAAUCGCCAAGUCAGUGCGCAAGGUUGAGAUAGAAGGACUAACUGGUCAGAUCAGAUUUGACGAAGCAGGUCGACGUAAAAACUACACGAUUGAUGUCGUUGAAAUGACAGUAAACAGUGCAGCUGUCAAGGUCGCCGAAUGGCGAGAAUCAUACGGCUAUCAAGUGGUACCAUCAAAACGUGAUCGUCAUCGAAUUCCUGAAAUUAUGAAAAAUCGUACGUAUAUUGUAACUACUAUUGUGGAAGAACCUUACAUAAUGGAGAAAAGGUUCGAUAACGGAAAGAUUCCUGACAAAGUGAAAGAUCGAUACGAAGGUUACUGCAGAGAUCUUGCCGAACUUAUAACGAAGAGAUUAAACAUAAGCUGGGACCUGCAAAUCGUGAAGGACGGAAAAUAUGGCUCAGAAAAUCCGGCGGUGCCUGGGGGCUGGGAUGGCAUGGUUGGUGAGCUGAUCAGAAAGGAAGCAGAUAUAGCCAUAGCGCCAAUGACGAUCACAUCGGAGCGUGAAAGAGUAAUUGACUUCAGUAAGCCCUUCAUGUCUCUGGGCAUAAGCAUCAUGAUUAAGAAGCCCGUCAAGCAGAAUCCAGGCGUCUUCAGCUUUCUUAAUCCCUUGAGCAAGGAGAUCUGGGUCUGCGUCAUCUUCUCCUACAUCGGCGUAUCAAUCGUCCUAUUCAUCGUUUCUAGAUUCUCGCCGUACGAGUGGCGGGUACUUACGUUAGGACCAAGCAGAGACGCAAGUCUAGUAUCCCGAGACGAUACGAUGCAACAUUCUCAUGGGUCACCGCACGGUCAGCACACAAGUAUGGCAAACGACUUCACUAUACUUAACAGUUUGUGGUUUGCCCUCGGAGCCAUCAUGCAGCAAGGCUGCGACAUUUCGCCACGGUCAGUGUCCGGUCGAAUCGUGGGAAGUGUCUGGUGGUUCUUCACGCUAAUUCUGAUCUCAUCAUAUACUGCCAAUUUGGCAGCGUUUCUCACCGUCGAACGCAUGGUGACGCCCAUCAACUCGCCAGAGGAUCUGGCCGCUCAAACGGAAGUUCAAUAUGGAACGUUAGCACAUGGAUCCACUUGGGAUUUCUUUAGGAGAUCGCAAAUUGAACUUUAUAAACAAAUGUGGCGAUUUAUGAACGAGAACAAACAGGUAUUCGUCGAGACGUACGACGAAGGAAUUCAACGAGUGAGAAUGAGCAAAGGAAAGUAUGCUUUGCUCAUUGAAAGUCCAAAAAAUGACUACAUUAACGAACGCGAACCAUGCGAUACAAUGAAAGUUGGCCGAAAUCUCGACGCCAAGGGAUUUGGCAUCGCUACUCCACUUGGCUCGAGUCUCAGAGAUGACAUAAACUUAGUUGUAUUGUCACUGAAGGAAAGCGGCGAGCUAGCCAAACUAAUGAACAAGUGGUGGUACGAACGUACCGAAUGUAGGCACGGCGACAAGCAGGACACGUCUAGGAACGAGCUGUCACUGAGCAAUGUCGCUGGCAUCUUCUACAUUCUAAUAGGUGGUCUUCUACUUGCCCUCGCUGUUGCCCUUGUGGAAUUCUGUUACAAAUCCCACACGGAAGCUACUAGAGCGAAGAAAUUAACGUUCUAGAUUCCGCUGUCGGACGCAAUGAAGGCGAAGGCGCGCUUAACAAUCGGUGGCGGUCGAGACUUCGACAACGGCCGGUGGUACGGACUACAAAGUUAGACGGAGGAUGCAUGCACCUUGCCCGGGACCAUAACAACCCUAUCUUAUCCCAGUUUCAAUCAGACAGGCUCCGAUUGGCUUGAAGCGCAUGACGUACGACGUAGUUUUAGCGAUGAAUCAUUAUUACGCACCAGCGAACGCGAUUGGCAAUGUCGAAGUCGACCGAGUCCACUGCGGCAAUACUCACACUCAAGUAUAAGGAGCCCCCUAUGCAGUACGAGUAGCACUCUCGAGCCAAUAGCCGAGAGCAGUUACUCACCAUCGUUAGCCUCUCAACCCUCACCAGCUGCAAUUUCGGUGCCGACUCCACCACCUCCACCUCCACCAAGACGACCGCAACGGCGCAGCGUGACUUUCGCCGAAUCACCACCGAAAACUCCAAAGGUUAUUCAACGAGGACGCGGUCGUACUGGUGUAGCAACGUUGGAGGUGAACGUACCCUGGGCACCUGCAUCGCCUGGUUCCUAUGAGAGGUACAAGAAACAAAUAAUGGAGGACAAGCAAGAGGCAAUCGAAGAAGCUGAUGCGGUUUCGUAGCAUAUGACGCCCAUCCGCGAGUCCGAGGAGUAUCAAAGCUCACUCACGGAUAGGGCAUCACAAAUGAAUACUCCUGUGAUGAGGUGCAAACGGGAGAGGGAAGAAGAUGAACUUAGUGACGAUGUGUUUGCUGGCUCGUGAACCAUGUGUUCUGCGCUUUGGCGCCUUUUUAUGAGCUUCGAUCUUUUGAGUCUUCGUUCGAGUGGUAAAUUAGAUAGCUUUGUUUAUCACAGGUUCGUUCAACUACGCGAGAUGAUGGUUUUUUCCGUUUUUUAAGGAAUCAAUCCUAUUCCUAAUGUAGCAAUUUGAUACUCUGUAUAGGGAUGAUGUAAAUGUAUAUUUUUUUGUAAAGAGGUAGAUGAAAGUAUCGAACGUUGAAUACAUUUGUUGAAAGGAGUAUUUUUGAAAUUCAAUAAUCAUUAUAAAUUGUUGUACAAUGCAAACAACAUUCAUAGAUCUGAUGUACAUAUAAUUUUUCUAUUGAUGUAAUGGAUGUAACGAGUAGAAUAAUAUAACUCAAAAUAAUUGAUUGUAAAAUAUUGCUAAAAAAUACUAAAAAUAAAAUAAUACUAAACUACAUAAAUGGUAUAAAGAAAACUAUAGGAAAUUAAUUGUAAAUCAGAUCUAUGCUUUAGCUAUCACUGAUUAUAGAUUAUACAAAACAUAGAGUAAUAUACUGUCACAAUCAAUCUUUUUAAUCUCGGAGAAGACUCAAAAACUUUGAACUCAUAUCAAUACCAAAGCUGAUACUGCAAAAGACUGAUCAUUUUUUCAAAGCAAAUGUGAUUUUUUAUGUUCUUUAUCACUGAAACUUCACUCAUCUUGAAAAUCAAAAGAUGUUUAAGAAUCAUAAUCAAAUCAAUCAUCAAAUUUUGAUUUGAUAAGAUUUUGUAUAAAAAUUCUGUUAUAGAAUUUAAAAAAGAUAUUUUGAACUUUGCUUGCGGAAAAAUGUUCAGAUAAUCAAAAGACUUUGCCAAUCGAUGUGCUUCGGAGAAUUUAUGUUAGAAACUAUAUUAUUAUGAAGAAAUAAUAAAAAAUGGACAUUACCGAAAAGUUUGUAUAUUGUAAAUAUGUUAUGUGUAAGUGAAAAAGACUCAUCGCACGUCAUGGACUCUAAAAUAGUGAAAUCGUACAAUAUAAUGGUCCUGGGUUAGGUGCAUGAAAAUCUAAUCAAUCAGCACAGCCGCCCGUUUGUUUCUUUUGUAUAAUGAGUGUGAUUAAAGUGAUCUCGUUCUAACAAUUUCAAUAUAUAAAUAUACGUAGGUUAUAAUAUAAUACUGUCAAGGAUAAAAACUACUGUAUUUAAGUUUUUUGACAAAGUAAAAAUGACACAACUCUUUUACGAUAGAUCAAAAAUUUGUUAUUUUCAAAGUUACUUAAUGCUAAAUCAAGUUCAUUCAAAAACAAUAAAGUUACAUGGUAUUAUUUCACGCACAGGAAUUGAUUGUUUACGUUUUUUAUACAAUACAAAGACAUAACUGAUCAAUGUAGAUGCUAUCAGGGAAUUCGACACAUCUAAAAACUCAACUGUGGAUAGUUAUAAUGAAGCUGUUGAUAAACUUGUAAUGGUGACAGUUAUUAUUGAAAUGUAAAUCUUAUUGUAAUAAAAUAAGCAGUGUAAAUGAGUGAAUUACAUUUUUAGAAAGGAUGUUAAAUGUAAGCAUACAUAAACAUUAAAAUAACUCAGCAUUUUUACUAUUAAUAUUGAACGCCGGCAUAUAGACAGAAUGAAAGCUGCAUUUACGUUCGAGAUAUGAGUUGUGAUACUAAUGAUCUCUUAUUAUUGUUAUGAGUUGAUCAAAAUAAACUUAAAACUAUUCAUUUUAGAAAAUUGCUUUUUAUAUCUUUUAUUUCCGCAUUGACAUAAAAUAUAUGUUGCCAUUUGUAAAUAUUACUUUUCCUAAUGUAAUGUUUUAAUUUAAUUUGAUCUUCUAUAAGAGUAUAUAAUGAUAUAUAGGUAAUUAUAAAUUAUAUUUUAAUGAUGUAUAAGUUUACAUUAAUUCAAUGAUAAAGAUCCAAAUAAUAUUUUGAAAUAUCACAAGCGAAAUACUGAUGUCUCCAAUUUAUUAGACUAUUAGUAAAGUUGUUAAUCAUCAAAUUUUAUUGUAUUUUUAAUAUCAGUAUAUUCAAUAUAAUGUGGCGUUCAAUAAACAUCGGAAAGUUAAAAAAAUGGAUAAGAAAUACAGAUUUGAAUUAUAAACUUGCAAACUCAAAUAAUUUAUUUGAGUAAACUCGGAAUAAAAUUCAUAAUGAAUGUAUUUGAAAAAGUGGAUGUUUACAUCUAGUUUUGAUAAAAAAGUGGAGUCUAACAUUGAUUUGAAAACAUUAUAAAAUUGAAUAAAUUUAUAAUGCUUAUAAUAUAUAAACAAUUCUAUUGAGAAAUACGACUCUUAAGCAACGUAAAAGGAUAAUUGUGGGAUUAAAAACAGAAUUUUAAAUCCAUUUGAAACAUUAUAUUUCUAUAACGACUCCGCUGUAUCAAGCUUACGCUUUGAUAUGUAGAAUAAAAGGAAUUUUAAGUGUAAGAUUUUUCAGAAAAAUAAAAGGAAAAGUGAAAUGUAUUUCGAACAAUAAAGUAUUAAACGUAAAGUUAGAAAGAAAAUAGUUUUGAAUGUUAAAAUAACGAAUUGAUUAUAUGCUGCCAUUGUUCGAUGACAAUUCUAUAAAUAUAAGCUCAAAACCGACACACGCAUUUGUUAAGUACAUUCCACUGCCAUAGAUUACUUAUAAAAAUAUGUAUUAUUCAAUAUUGAAUGAUAUACAUGUUAUGUGUAUAUAAAAUUGAAUGAGCUAUAACAUGUUUAUAUUUUUACGUUUCAGCAGCGCAAACAAAAAUUACACUUUUUAACUCUAACAGAAUUAGAGCAAGCUAAAAUAAUAUUGGAUUGUAUUAACUCGGAAUAUUUUAUGUAAGACUGCGACAAAUCAGUUACUGCGAAAUUUUACGAAUCAAUUUGAUAAAGAAGAAAACUUAUACAGACAUUUUUGUACAUACGUUGUAGAAAAUAUUUCUCAAAAGCGUAAAACAAGAUUAGGAUUAGUUGAAAGAAACUAUUCCUGCACAAGUUAAAUCUAUCAUAUCUCCAUACUUUCUUAUAAUGACUAAAAAUACUAUUCACAUAAUGUAGUUAAAAUGGUAAAACAAAAUAAUACAAGCGAUCUAAAAUAAUGAAUAAAGUAAAAUAAAUUAGAUAAUGUAUACUAGAUUAAGACACUGAAUGAUAAAAUAAGAUCUCAAAUCUCAACCUAAGGUUGAAAAAUAAAAAAUUAGAUUUAAUUGCAUAACAUUUGAAUACUUUUAAAAGCACUGUUACGGUGACUGAUGUAAAAAAGCUGCUGUUAUCAUUAUAGAAAAAUGUAAAAUAUUUACAUCAUUAACUGAAAUGAUUUCGAAAUAAGUUACCAAUAAAAUAACGAUAUUUAUUUUAACGUCUCUUCACUAAAUGUUUUUAAUCAUUACUAAAUGUCUUUCAGAAUAAUAAUUAAAGAUCUGUUUUUCUGAGUGAAUUUCAUCGUUUUCUUUAAAUUUGAGAUCUAUAAAAUUUAAUAAUGAAUGCGAAGUUUAUUAAAGGAAAAUAAAAUCAAAAUAACUUUAAUAUGAUUUGUAAAAGCAAAACACAUUACAUAUACAUAUAUUUUCACACUUUCUGUAAGAAAUUUAAUUGACUUGUGCUGCCAAGAAAAAAAGUAAAGACGCUGCGUGACUGUUUAAAAAGCGUUUGUACCUCGUGAUCUUUAAUAAAAUAAGCCAAUAGAUCAAAACGCACGCCAGCAUGUAUUUCGUGCCAAUAAUGUGUGCAAAAUGUACGCUGAUGGACUGCGAACAAAUGAGUCUCAAUAGAGAAGCAUUCGAUUAUAUGUGACUUCAUAAAAUUAUGAUGUGGAGAAAUUAAGAGAAAAUUAAAAUUAAAUAGGCUUCUGACGUACACGUUGCCAAUGAGCAACCGGAGACUAAUUUGGUAAUUGUCAAAGAUAUGCGUGAUUCUCUCUCUAUUGAUCAGAUAUCAAAACGAGACGGUAUUGUCUUCGGAAAUAUGCGAAAAGUUGUAAGCAUAAUCGUUUAUUUGAAUGUAAAUAAUAACUGAUAUACUAUUCUAAAAAUGCUACAUUUUCCUACUUCUUUAUGCCUUAAAUGUAAUAAAGUAUUUACAAUCAG